AUUUAUUUAUUCUGGUUCUCCUGGUGGAAUAUUUUAUUCAAAUAUUUUAUUUUUAGGGUUAAGGUGACAUUUGUCCGCGCCAGUGGAGAGAAGAUUCAAGCCAAAGGAAAGGUUGGAGACAGCCUACUUGACAUUGUUGUCAAUAAUGAAAUAGAUUUAGAUGGUUAUGGUGCAUGUGAAGGAACUUUAACAUGUAGUACCUGUCAUUUAAUAUUUCCAAAAGAAGUUUAUGAUUCCCUACCUGAUCCACCCACCGACGAAGAAUUAGACAUGUUGGACCUGGCUUACGAUCUCUGUGACACGUCGCGACUAGGAUGCCAAAUUAUUAUGACUAAAGAACUUGAUGGUCUAGAAGUCCGAGUACCUACAACAAUAAACGACGCCAGAGCAUAA